AUGCGUAAGAAGCUUGUCAUUCCUUGGAAAAAUCACUAUCGCAGCCAAGCAAGGUCGCUGGCCUGGUACGAUACUGAAGGAGAAUCCCCAAGUCAUAACCCGUUUGGAAGAACGAGGUCUCGUCCGGAGAGGACGUUGUCGUCGAGCCUGGAGGCCGGCGGCCAUGACAACUACACGAUGACGAACAUGAACUCGAACAGGGAGGGGGAAACUACGAAUGGCGUUGCGCCCUCAACCGCUGGAACUGACGGGCUCCAGGGAGGAACAGAGUCGGUGACCAGCACUGAACCUCUCACUCGCGCUGUUGGAGGCGUCAAAGCCACCGACCAGGACAUUCAGAGAGCGUCGGAAGGUUCAGAGUCGAUGGAUAAGCAACAAACCACCCCGGUGGAGGAGGAGCCAGCAGCUGGACACACGCAGAAAUUUACCAUUGCCGUGCAGUUGAGAGCUACCUUGUUCAGCUCGUGGAUCAACCUUCUCUUGUUUGCGGCUCCUGCUGGAAUCAUCAUGUUCUAUGUCAAAGUCAACUCCGUCGCUGUCUUCGUUGUCAACUUCAUCGCCAUCAUUCCUCUUGCUUCAAUGCUUGGUUUUGCGACUGAAGAGAUUGCCAUGAGAACCGGAGAGACCAUCGGCGGCCUUCUUAAUGCAACCUUUGGAAACGCUGUUGAAUUGAUUGUGUCUAUCCUUGCCUUGUUCAAGGACGAGAUCAUCAUCGUGCAGACUUCCUUGAUCGGAAGUAUACUGUCAAAUCUGCUCCUGGUUAUGGGCAUGUCCUUCUUCGUGGGAGGAGUAAACCGUAUAGAGCAGAACUUCAACGUGACGGUGGCCCAGACCGCCUCCAGUCUACUCGCGCUGGCCGUUGGCAGUCUUAUAAUUCCUACGGCCUUCCAUACCUGGUCCGGGAAUGGCGAGGCUGGCAUCGCUCAAAUCUCUCGAGGCACAAGUGUGAUCUUGCUCGUCGUGUAUGGGGCCUACUUGUUCUUCCAGCUCAAGUCACAUGCCUCCAUCUUCAACACGCCCAGCGAGAAGGUAGAGAAGAGAUCAAAAUCCAAAAAGGUCGAGGACGGCGAUGCUAGCAAAGGUAUUGCUCAAAUUGGUGCUGGAUUCUCGGCCACCAUGGGAGGACAAAAUGCCCAGCAGAACCCUGUCGUCAUUCCGAAGGAAGAGGAAGAGGAGCCUCAGCUCAGCAUCUUUGUCGCUGUUCUCACUCUUUGUGCUUCAACUGCUCUGGUCGCCCUUUGCGCAGAGGCAAUGGUUUCUUCUAUUGAUGCAAUCACUACUUCUGGGGGAAUUUCAGAAACGUUCGUUGGUUUGAUCCUGCUGCCGAUAGUCGGAAACGCUGCGGAGCAUGCUACUGCCGUGACGGUAGCGGCAAAGGACAAGAUGGAUCUUUCGAUCGGAGUUGCUGUCGGUUCGAGCAUGCAGAUUGCCCUGCUUGUGCUACCACUACUUGUAGUCAUCGGUUGGAUUGCUGGAAAGGAUGACAUGGUACUGAAACCUAGCCCUUUAGAUCUAGACACUUUAUUUCGAUGGAUUCCAGGUUACGGUCCUCUUCGUUACUGUUCUUUUGGUAUGUAUAAACGCCUCAAUCAUCAAAACACUCAUCUGGUACCUGUCUUACUUACAGGACUUUGUAACAGGUCAACUACCUUAUCCAAGACGGAAAGUCACACUGGUUAG